AUGGAAAUUUCUAGCUCAAUUGUGUUUGAUCGUGACUGUGAUUCUAGCUUAAUUGCUUUUGAUCGUGAUUGUGAUUCUAUUUUUCCUGCUGGAGUUGGUUUAGUCGACUCGUUUUCGCAACAAUUGGAAAAAAAGAAUGCUAUUUUAUUUGAGGAAGCAGCUAGUUCUGAAUUUUAUGGGAAACAAUUUCCUUCUGAAGAUGUGGCUUAUGAAAUGUUUAAUGAAUAUGCAUUUAGAAAGGGCUUUGGAAUUAAAAUUGGAAAAAGUAAGAGGCGAAGAGAUGAUACAUUCUCUAUGAAAAGAUUUGUUUGUACAAAUGAGGGUUUUAAAGAUGAUAAGUGCAGGAAUAAUAGGCUGUAUGAGAGACUUAACAUAAGGACUGGUUGCUUAGCUUUUGUGCAGUUUAGUAUUGACCGUUCAGGUGUAUAUACAUGUACAAGACAUGAGAUGGUUCAUAAUCAUGAAAUGAUUCCUGUUGACAAGAGACAUUUAAUAAGGUCUCAAAGGGAUAUUUCUAAGGAACGUAUUAAUUUCAUUUCUACACUUAGAUUGAGUGGAGUUAAAGUUUCUGAUUCUUUGAGAGCUUUGAAUAAGGAGGUUGGAGGGUCUCCUAACCUUUGUUUUACAGCUCCUGAUGCUUAUAAUGCUAAUUCUGUUGAAAAGACAGCUAAACUUGGGGGAGGUGACAGCAAUCAACUAAUCAAAUUUUUUGCUAAGAGACAAAUUGAUGAAGCAGAUUUCUAUUAUGAUUUUGAACAAGAUGAAUAUGGUGCAUUGGUUAAUUUCUUUUGGAGAGAUGGAAGGAUGAUGAGAGAUUAUCAUUACUUUGGUGAUUUGUUAGUUUUUGAUACUACUUAUAGGACUAACAAAUAUGGUAUGAUUUGUGCUCCAUUUGUGGGUAUGAAUCAUCAUGCAAAUAAUGUGAUGUUUGGCAUGGGAUUUAUACUUAAUGAAAGAACAGAAUCAUUUGAGUGGUUAUUUGAUACUUUUCUAACUUCUAUGGGAAGGAGAAGUCCUAUUACUAUUAUGACUGAUCAAGCUCAAGCAAUUGCAGCUGGGAUAAGAAAUAUUUUCCCCAAAGGUGUUCAUCAUAGAUUAUGUGUGUGGCAUAUUGAACAAAAUUCUAAGAAACACAUUGGGGCGUUGAGAGCUUUGGAUGGUUUCACUGAUUUAUUUGGUUAUUUACUGAAGUAUUGUGAAACUCCACCAGAAUUUGAGCAUUAUUGGAAAAGAAUGUUGUUGAAAUAUGACUGUGCAAAUGUUGAUUGGUUGAAUGAUUUGUAUAAAAUCAAAGAGAUGUGGUGUCCAGCUUUUUCAAAGAAAUUUUGGUCAGGAGGUGUGCUUUCAUCUCAACGUAGUGAGACAACUAACAAAUCAGUUUCUCAAAGGCUUAACAAGACACAAGGUCUAUGUGAUUUCUAUCAAGUGUUUCUCGAUGUGGUUCAAGAGUGGAGAAGCAAAGAAAAAGGGAGAGAUUAUAAUACAAUCAGAGGUAAUCGUCAUUUGGCCUUUGCAUACAUUGGGAUUCUUGUUCAUGCUAGAUCAUUGUAUACUAUUCAAGCUUGUGUGCUUUUUGAGGAAGAGUUCAUUAAGGUUACUGCUUGUGAUCAUAAGGAUGCUGGUGUGAAUUUUCCUGAAUAUUAUUAUCAUUUGUGGAGACCUGGGAAAGAUAUGAUCAAGCACGAGGUUGUUUUUAAUAAAGAAACACAUGCAAUAUGUUGUACAUGCAUGUUGUUUAGUGAAAUGGGUUUGCUUUGUUGUCAUGCUCUUCGAAUUUAUCAUAUGAAUUGUGUUCAUAAGAUUCCAGAUAACUAUAUAUGUAAGAGGUGGACUAAGGCUGCUAUGUGUAGUCAUGGCCUUGAUGAACCUACAAUGAAAACCAAUGUAGUAUCUACAAGUGUUUGGAGGACACAAACACUAAGGAAAUUUGUUAAGUUGGUAUUGAAAUUGUUGAUCAUGAAGUUAAGAAUCCGGCAAAAUCAAGACCUAUUGGAAAGAGGAAUUAUAGGCCUAAGAGUAAUUUAG